AUGCAUGGAUAUACAGCAGGUGAGGAAGAAACGAAAGACGGUGACGGGAAACACCUUGGCUGCUACGCAAAAGUUGUGGAAGGAAACCGGAAGUGUAAAGAACAAAGGAAGGAGAAUGAUGUUCUCAAGAACAGAAUACAACAACUAGCCGAAACCUGUGCUGGACACUCGAUACACGGAAGUUUACAUCGAUCCUCGAAUGUUGAUGAUGAUGAUGAUGACGAUGAUGAUGAAAGAGAGUCGAAUGCGUCGCCAGCCCUUCAAAUCGCAACAUUGCGACGGCUAGAACCCUGA